AGAAAAAGCAUAAUUCCCGGUCGGGGUAUUUCCAAAUUCGAUUCCCUCUCCUCUGUCAGACCUUUCUGCCCUUUUCGACACCACCCACCGGUCACAGCCCCGUAAAACCUACCCCUAACCUCGUCAAUGUACGGACACUCCGGCAAACUCAGCCGUGGAGGCGGCGGCGGGCGAGGAGGCGGCGCCGGUAGUAAACGCAACAGCCUCCAUCCGCCGCCUAUCCACCGCCCAUCUUCCUCCUCCGGCCGCCUCUCCGUCGGUGGCGCCGCUGGUCCUCGCAGCCGUUCGUCCGGUGGUCCGUCUACAUCGGCGCCUUCAUCGGCGGCGGCGGCGGAGGAGGAGAGGUUCAGUCUAGUCACCGGAAACCCUCUCGACUUCGCCAUGAUUAUACGGCUCGUGCCCGACCUCGUGGAGGAGGUCAAGCGCGCCGAGGCGCACGGCGGCGCGCGGAUCAAGUUCGAUUCCAACCCUAACAAUCCUUCUGGCAACGUUAUUGAUGUGGGCGGUAAGGACUUUAGGUUCACAUGGUCGCGUGAAAUGGGAGACCUUUGUGACAUAUACGAACAGCGUCAAAGUGGUGAAGAUGGAAAUGGCUUGCUUGUCGAAUCAGGGUGUGCCUGGCGCAAGAUGAAUGUACAACGUGUAUUGGAUGAAUCAACUAAAAACCAUGUUAAAAUGCGGUCUGAGGAAGCUGAAAAGAAGUCAAAAUCACGAAGAGCCAUUGUUUUAGACCCUGGAAACCCAUCAAUGAAGGCAUUAGCUGCUGCGGAGACUAACCCCGGGAAGAAGCCUUUCAAACAAAAGGAUCCUGAUUUCAAAAAGAGGAAAAUUGAAACGCCUCCAGUAGCCUUUGGGGGCCCUCCUAAAUCUGCUUAUAAACCUGGAUUUCCCUCGGCUACAACUUUGAAGGGCAGGCCUUCAGUUUCUCCCCUACAUUCACCACCUGAGCUUUCUGUUCCUCCUGCAUCUCCAUUCGGAGCAGGAAAUCUAACUAAAGGCCAUACCAAUGUAGAAGACGUUAUGUCCAUUCAUGUUUCUAGUAAAGAGAAUGCUACCAACUCUGAGAAAGAAAUGCCCAACAGGGCCAAUAGCGGAGCACUGCUGGAAAAGCCCGGACGCAAGGGGAAUUUAGGAGCUAAACCAAUGGAUAUGCAGAGCAUGCUGAUUUCACUACUUUUGGAGAAACCUGAGGGUAUGAGUGUAAAGGCAUUAGAGAAAGCUGUAGGCGAUACCAUUCCUACCUCUAUAAUUAAAAAGAUUGCAACUUUCCAAGCGCCAGGAAGAUAUAUCUUGAAGCCAGGAGUGGAGGUGCAAAACUACAAGAAACCUUUGUCAGAAAAUGGAAGUUCUCCUGAUUAUCUUCGGCACCCAACACCUGCCCCUGAGGACAAGCAUAAUGACAUUUUUGCUCCCACUCCAAACUCUGCAGAGAAAGCUUCUCCUGAGGAAUUGGAGAAACAGGCACAUUUAGAGUCUAACAAUGGAGAAGAUUUGGAUCCUUUUGCAAAAAUCAAUAUCCAACAUCAUGUUGAUGAUCUUUUUCGUGAGAAAAAGGUUUCUGACAAUAGCGAAGGUCAAGCAGGUAGCUCCAGUGACAGUGGAAGCGACAGUGAUAGUGAAAGUGACAGCAGUGAUAGUGGAAGUGAUAGUGGUAGCAGAAGCAAAAGUAAGAGUCCUGUGGGAAGUGGGAGCAAAAGUAGCAGUGACAGUGAAAGUGAUGCCUCUUCGAACAGCAAGCAGGGCUCUGAUGAGGAUGUGGAUAUCAUGACAAGUGAUGAUGACAAGGAAUCAAAGCCGAAAUUGCAAACUUGUGAACCAGGGUUUUCUACAUCACCAACUCCAUGGAGGACUCCUGAUGUUGGGGUUUUACCAAAUGGAAUACAUGAAAGGCAAGAUGGCAGUGGCUCUGGUUUAGUUGAGAUUGAGAAAGAUUUGCCUGUUGAUGCAUAUGGAACUGAAAUGGCGGUUUCUGGGAAUUCAGUUUCUAAUAUACAGGGUGAAAUACCUGUAGAAGACAUUAGACUCUAUUCCCCUGAUUACCAAGAACAUCAAGAGAGCCAAGUUUACAUAGCAAAUUUGUUUGGCGAAAGAGAAAAUAUUGAUACGGAUGGUUUCAAGAACAAGAAAACUGAGAGCUCCGAGAGGAUAUCCAAAGGUAAAUCUAAAAGGGGCUCUCAUUCAGAGCAGCUUCAUGAGAAAUCUGAAUAUUCAAAAAGAUUAAAAGUUGGAAGCUUGUUGCAACCCAAAAUAUCUCGCGGUAGGGAAUCUCUCUUCCGGGAGAGUCCUAAAAUAUUAUCACCUGAAAGGGUCAGUGAAGACAACUACAAUGGCCAUUCCACUGAAACGUUGAAUAGAGGCUCUAGGAAUGAAAAUGAUGAUUCUGGCUUACAAAAAGGCUACAUCCAAGGAAUCCAUAGUAUAUCUGCUUCGGAUUAUCAGGAGUCAGGAAGAAAGGCUGCUGAUAUCAGUGCACGGGUUAAGGUUACUGACACAGCAGAAAGACCUGGAAUACAUACAGAGAGCUUGGGACGUGGCAUUAAAUAUUCUGAAACGACUCAUAAAUCGCAAGAGAGUUUACCUGCCCAAAAAGAUAGACUUUCAAAGGAAAUACAAGAUGAAGGUUGCAAUACCCAAGAGAGAAAGAUGCCAAGAAGUUCCAAGGAAGGUGCUUUUGGAGACAAACACUCAUCACAGUUUGACUCGUAUAACUAUGGGAGACAUGGUGAACCAGGUGGGAAAUUAAAACAGCCUAGAGAGGUUUCAAACUCACACAUGGGGUUUUCCCCACAGGAUAACAACAGAAAUAAUGUGGAAAGAUUCCCUAUCAUAAACGCAGGGGGCAAAAUUCUUCAAAGAGAGCUUUCAGAAUUGGAAUUGGGUGAACUUCGCGAGCCUUUGCCUGAGGAAACUCCUGGGGCUAAGAAGAAAUUUGAGAGAAAAGGUUCAUUUAAACAGUCAGAGAAUAAACCAAGUACUUCAGAUGACUGGAAUUCCGAAAAGAGCAAGGUAAAACGAAAAACAGUUGUAGACUCGGGAAAGCUCUCACCGCCGAAAUUAAGGGUUGGGCCCUCUAGAAAUGCUGAGGGUUCAUCUAAGAGGACUCCUGAACAAUGUGCUGACGAUUUAACAGGACCACAGCACAGGGUUGUGCAAUCUCAGGCCCAUGGCCUGCAGCACCAGUCAUGGGUAGAUCGUUCAGAAGGUACUCAAAAAUCAACAGACGUGAGUGGUAAGGUUAGGCAUAAUGAAGCUAGAGCAAGCCAGGGGAACGGGCUAGAAGGGUUUGGAGAAACUCAUAAGGAAGCAUCUGUUAAUGCAUUACAAAGGAGUGAUACUAAACAGGGGCCGGUUUCUCAUCUUGCAAAAGAAAGCAAAACACAAAGGUCAAAUACAGUGACUGGCUCAAGUGAUAAGCGGAAGGAUACUUCUGUAACAGAGAAUAAUGAAGGGGGUCCGAAAAGGAGGGAAUCUUCUUCAGAUGACAAUUGUUGUUCAUAUUCUAAGUAUGAGAAGGAGCAGCCGGAACUUAGGGAACCAAUAAAGAACAUUUCUCAGUACAAAGAGUAUGUGCAGGAAUAUCGUGAGAAGUAUGAUAGCUACUGCUCGCUGAACAAGACUCUGGAGAAUUACAGGAAUGAAUUCCAUAAACUGGGAAGGGACCUUGAAAAUGCUAAAGGGAAGGAUAUGGAAAAGUAUCAUAGCAUUUUGGGGAAAUUAAGGGAAUCUUAUCGCCAGUGUGGGACGAGUCAUAAACGGCUGAAGAAAAUAUUUAUAGUCCUUCAUGAAGAAUUGCAGCACCUGAAACAGAUGAUUAAAGACUACGCUGUCUCAAAUACAAGAAACUGAUGCUUCUUCUCGUUGUAGACCCUAUGUUGCCCGGAUGAACCUUCGAGGUUUCUACUUAUGUCAAGGUUUGUUCCACAGAUUGCACAGCAGUUUGUGUGAAAAUUGAUUUGUAGAUGGUAAGAAAGGGCUAGAGGCAGUCUUUUGCAUGAAGCUUGAAGAUGCUCUUGCCAAGUUAUGCACGGGAAUCUUGUAGUCACCUGACCAAACAUGGAAAAUCUUGGACGCUGAUCUCUUGGUUUGAGAUGUCUCUGGUAAAUACCAACGGUUUUAGAGCAAUUUGGAAAAAAAGAAAUUUGGCGCACACCUUCUCAAGCAGGUCUACAGGCCGUAAUUUUUUGGGUGGAUCUUCAUGGCAAUUUCACAGUUUGCUGUUGCUCUGGCUGCUACAUUGUAAAAUGACCAUUCCCCUGGCCCCCAUUUUUGGAAGGAUAAUAAAAUCUCUCUCUCUCUCUCUCUCUCUCUCUCUCUCUCUCUCUCUCUCUCUCUCAAAAUUCAUGUAAAUUUUGUUAGAUAGUCCAACUAGGGCUAGCUGACUUGGACAAGGUCUAGAGAGGAUACCAAGAGCUAGCACUUUGUAUCAAUUUUUGUUGACAUAGUAUAUGUUACUGAAUAAGUCCAACAACUCUUUCUUCUUCUUCUUGUUUCUCCAUGCAAGGGAGAAGCUAUUUGAUUGACUUUUUAUGCAGAAAUAUUGUGGCAAUAUAUUCUUAUUUUUUGCAAAUCCAA